UAGGCGAUUGAAUUUCUUCUAUCAGACACCAAAGAGUCCAAGAGUCCCAAUGGGGAAAGUUACCGGUGAAGAAGGAUGGAUAUCUCUUGGGCCAUGGGGAAGUUCGGGAGGCUCAAGGAAGACAUACAAGGCCGACGGGCCUAUAUUGCAGAUAACUCUUCGUCUUGGGAAGUAUGAUUCAGGCCGUGUACGGUACACUAUACUGUAUUCAAUUUCGUUCCAAAGCGAAAGCCGCGAUGGCGUUGUUAUAGGAAGCUCCGAUCAUUUUGGCAAUCCCGAGCAAGGAGGGGAGGCUACAACGGUCCGCAUCGACACUUCAGUAGAGCAACUCCGGUCCAUAAGUGCGCUAGGGGAAGCGUUUGAAUAUCUCACUUUUCAUACUAAUCUGAAGGAUUAUGGGCCCUAUGGUUACAGCCAGGAUUAUCUGAACGAUCGUAACUCAUGGAAUUAUACAGAGAAGGAUAGGGUUUCGCUAGGAAUGUAUGGUGGAGUCAUCGCUGGAUUCUAUGGAUAUGAGGACGGUGGCCGGCUUAGCGGACUUGGUGUAUUUGUAGUUCCGAUAGAGGGUUUGCAUAUAAUUCAAUACCCAGAUUGUGCACAGCACCAGAAGACAGAAAUCGAAGAGCUGAAGAAAAAAAUCAAAGAGUUGGAAACAGAGAAUGAAGUGCUGAAGAAGAGGAACAAAGAAAUGGAGAAAGAGGGCAGUAUUAGCGGUGGAGAAGGAUGCAUAUCUUCAGGAAUAGGGGGAGGGAAAGAGGGUGCAUAUUGGACUUACAAGGCUGAUGGGCCUGUAAUGCUAAUAAGUGUUCGUUAUGGAGAAGCUAUCGAUUCAAUUAUAUUCCAAAGUAAAAGUGGCGAUGGCGUUGGACGCUCUGUGAAAAUUGGUGGUACCGGUGGCCAAACAACUAAAACGUUCUGCAUCGACAGUUCAAUAGAGCAACUCUCGUCCAUAAGCCUGACAUACGAAGAGUUCUAUGGAGAAGUGACAAUCAUAUCUCUCUGUUUUGAAACAAAUGUUGGGAACAACUAUGGACCUUUUGGGUCGAGAUCGGGUGCUUCUUCUGAGUCCAUUCCAGUAAAAGGCGGAGUCUUCGCUGGAUUCCAUGGACGUGUUGGAACCUACCUUACUGCAUUUGGUAUAUUACAAGCACCCUAACAAGUCAUACCCACAUUCUAUGCCAUCCCAGCACAAGACAAGCGGAAGUUGAGGAAAUCCGAUCCUAUGGGCACGUACAUAUUUUUUGUUCAACAUGUGCUGACUGGUGGGAAGGCGGGUCGGUUUCUUCUUCGGUAGGAGUGGGUCCUUUAUAUUUACAUGCCAUAGGAGAGUUAACCGGAGUAUCUUUGAAGAUUCGUACGUGUUAAUUGUGUUUUUGUUUCAGCCUUGAUGUGCUCGUAGAGUACUUUGAUGUCCAAAGUGUACGUUUUAAAAGCUUACUACGUGCUUUUUCAAUCUGUCCUGUGGAGAUCGAUGGUUGUAUAAUUAAAACUGCUACUAGCAUUUGUUUGUUAUUACAGUUUAAUGGCUAUCUUCAUAUUCCUGCUUCAA